AUGGGCGUGAUACAGUUACCGACUCACACUUUGACACGCUUGCGAUCCGGUCCAUCGCCUGAUGCUCCUUCGUCGUCGUUCUUGUCGGAGCCGUCGAGGUCAACGCUUCCUUCGCUGUCAUCACUCUCUUCUCCACCGAGAGAGACCGCUUCGCUCCACAACUUUAGUGCAUCUGGAUAUAUCGCAUCAGCAAGAAUCGCGGCCACCUCCUCGCCUUCUUGCAAAGUGUCCUCUUCUCGGCCGGUCCAAGCGAAGAACCAGUCCAAGCCUGCUGGUAGAUUGGUUCUUCGUCGCACUUUUACAUGCGAGAGACCUCGACUACAGAUCAGGCAACCUGCUGAAGUCAAGGAAAAGGCUCGUGUCGGUCCAUUCUCGGUGACAUCGGCGGCUCUCUUCGUGGCAACUGCCCUUAUUCUUGGACUUUAUUUCAAUUCUGAGCGUAAGCGAGUCAAAGUGCAACAAGCAAUGGAAUCUCAAAAGCCCGUUGGCAAGCCACGCAUUGGAGGUCCAUACUCCUUGAUUGACCACAAUGGGAAAGGGGUGAGUGAAAAAGACUAUCUAGGCCUGUACACCUUGAUCUACUUCGGAUUCACGCGCUGCCCGGACAUCUGUCCAGAGGAGCUCGACAAGAUGACCCUCGUGCUCAAAGAUGUCAAUCAAGGGACGAAGCGAGUGCAGCCUCUAUUCAUCACAUGUGACCCCGCGCGCGAUACCCCAGAAGAGCUCAAGGAAUAUUUGUCAGAAUUCGAUCCGGAUAUCAUUGGCUUGACAGGUGACUACGAGGCCAUCAAGAGCGUCUGCAAGGCUUUCAGAGUCUACUUCUCGACGCCGAAAGAGGUCAAAUCUGGAGAAGAUUAUCUGGUUGAUCACAGUAUCUUUUUCUAUCUCAUGGAUCCCGAAGGCCAAUUUGUCGAUGCUUUUGGACGCAACUACACAGCGGAGCAGGCAGCAAAGCGCAUGAAGGAGUACAUUCAAGAUUGGGCACCUAGAACGCCAGCAGUCUAG